CCGCAGGAGCAGGAGAGGAGCCAAAGAGGGGAGGGAAGGGGUCCCCAGGGGGCCCGGAGUCAGAUGCCUACGUCUAGUGUCGGAGAAGAACGAGCCAUCUUGUUGGGCUUCACCAUGAUGGCUUUCUCUGUGCUCAUGUUCUUUGUGGUUGGCAUUACCACGGUCAAGCCUUACAUUGACAGUUGCUGGGAGGAGGCUAGUUGUGUCCUGCCUCAGACUCAUAUCCUGGAAGAGUGGGUGGACUGCAGAGGGGUGAGCACGGUGCCCUGCCUUACUGUGACAGUCAGCGUCACCGGCUCCAACGAGUCGGCCUUUCUCCAGUUUGACGAGGAUUCCGUCUUCCUUCCAAACGAGUGUUUCUAUCUCCCCAAGUGCCAACUGGACAGAAAAGGGCUUCAGGACGAAGUGCAGAAAGUAAAAAAGUGGGUGGACGGCCAGCUGAAGAACAGCUCCAUGUGUUUCAGUGACCAAAAGGGGCACCCCAACCAUGUCAUCCUGAACAGGAAGUACACCCUGCGGAGGGCGCUGUUCGGACUGCUGUGGCCCUGUCUGAUGCUGGCUGGCGGAUCUUUAUUGGUGGGACUUGUGAAGCUGACACAGAGCUUGGCCCAUCUGUCCACUGAUGUGAGAAGUUAUUCCAGAGGAGGAAGGCGGACUUUGAAAUACACUCAGGGCAAAAUGUACAAACUCCUCCGGAGGUCAAGCAUGCAAUCUACCUAGUGACUUAUGGCGGAACACACACCGGUUGGAUUUGAGGAAGUGAGACAUUUUGUGGUCUUUGAGAUCACAAAAAAAAAAGAAGGUUGAGAGUACCACUUGACUGGUCAAAAAAAGAGUUUACUGUUUAAAUCCUCAGAGAUCUACAUAUUUCUAAAUCCUGUUAUACCUGAGGAGCUGGUUAUUGACCAGGUCAGGCCUAAUCUGAUAAGAUCAAAAUCUUAUGGCGAUUAUUUAAUCUCACUUCAGCUUGAGCCAAUGGUGGUAAAGUAAUAGAAAAAAAAAAACCUGUCAAGUCUAAGUAUGCUUUACCAGUGAUGCCUUAAUGUUGUUCUUACAAGUAACUUUUCAGAAAGAUCUGGUAGCUUGUUUUAAGUUACAAAUUAAUUCAUAUUGAUGACAAAGUACUAUUUCAAUUGGCUGAUUAUUAUAACAAAGCAUCUUUCCCAUGUUAUAAGUGAAAUAAUCUACUAGUGGAACCAGUACUUUUUCAUCAAU